GAGGGCCGGCAGGGGCCAGGCCGCCCGGGCAGUCCCCUGGUCUCCGUGUCUCGCUAAGUCAUGUCUGAACCCCGGCGAUGGGCAAGAUCGAGGACAACGAGAGGGUAAUCCUCAACGUGGGAGGCACCCGGCACGAAACCUACCGCAGCACGCUCAGGACCCUGCCGGGCACCAGGCUAGCGCUGCUCGUCGCGGACCCGCGGGGCGGCGGCCUGCCCGGAGGAGAGGGCCCGCCGUCGCCCCCGGCCCGGCCGCCGGCCCCGGCUCCGGCCCCGGCCCCGGCCCCGGCCCCGGCCCCGCCGCGCCCCGCCGGCCGCUCGGAGAUCGGGGGCGGCCCCGGCAGCCCUGGGCGCGGCGGCGGCGGCGGCGGCGGCGGCGGCGGCGGCGGCGGCGGCGGCGGGCGCGAGUUCUUCUUCGACCGGCACCCGGGGGUCUUCGCCUACGUGCUCAACUACUACCGCACCGGCAAGCUGCACUGCCCGGCCGACGUGUGCGGCCCGCUGUUCGAGGAGGAGCUGGCCUUCUGGGGCCUCGACGAGACCGACGUGGAGCCCUGCUGCUGGAUGACCUACCGCCAGCACCGCGACGCCGAGGAGGCGCUCGACAUCUUCGAGGCCCCGGACCUCAUCGGCGGCGGCGGCGGCGGCGGCGGCGGGGGCGGCGGGGCCGGAGCGGCGGAGCGGGCCGGGGCCGCGGACCGGGCCGGCCACCAAGGAGGGGAGCCCGGCCGCCCCCAGGAGCCCGGCCACGACCCACUGGCCAUCCGGGCCGGGCCGGGGACCGACGGCGGGGCCGGCCGCUGGACCAAGCUGCGGCCGCAAGUCUGGGCGCUCUUCGAGGACCCCUACUCGUCCAGGACCGCCAGGUUUAUUGCUUUUGCUUCUUUAUUCUUCAUCUUGGUUUCAAUCACAACCUUCUGCCUGGAGACACACGAAGCUUUCAAUACCAUUAUAAACAAAACAGAACCAGUCAUCAAUGGCACAAAAGUAGUUCUACAGUAUGAAAUUGAAACGGAUCCUGCUCUGACGUAUGUAGAAGGAGUGUGUGUGGUGUGGUUUACAUUUGAAUUUUUAGUCCGCAUUGUUUUUUCCCCCAAUAAACUUGAAUUCAUCAAAAACCUCUUGAAUAUCAUUGACUUUGUGGCAAUCCUGCCUUUCUAUUUAGAGGUGGGACUGAGUGGGCUGUCAUCCAAAGCUGCUAAAGACGUACUUGGCUUCCUCAGGGUUGUGAGGUUUGUGAGAAUUCUAAGAAUCUUCAAGCUCACUCGGCAUUUUGUAGGUUUGAGAGUGCUUGGACACACUCUACGAGCUAGCACUAAUGAGUUUUUGUUAUUGAUAAUCUUCCUGGCCUUAGGAGUUUUGAUAUUUGCCACCAUGAUCUACUAUGCUGAGAGAAUAGGAGCUCAACCCAGUGACCCAUCAGCUAGUGAGCAUACGCAGUUCAAAAACAUCCCCAUUGGGUUUUGGUGGGCUGUGGUCACCAUGACCACCUUAGGUUAUGGGGAUAUGUAUCCCCAGACCUGGUCAGGUAUGCUAGUGGGGGCUCUAUGUGCUUUGGCUGGGGUGCUAACCAUAGCCAUGCCCGUGCCUGUCAUUGUCAACAAUUUUGGAAUGUACUACUCCUUGGCAAUGGCAAAGCAGAAACUUCCAAGAAAGAGAAAGAAGCACAUCCCUCCAGCGUCUCAGGCAAGCUCUCCUACCUUUUGCAAGACAGACUUGAAUAUGGUCUGCAAUAGCACCCAGGGAGACACAUGCCUGGGGAAAAACAGUCGAAUCCUGGAUCAUAACAGAUCAGGUGAAGACAGUGCAGGAAGUGAACAACCACUGACACCUCCUAAAAGGCUCCCUGUCAGAAGCUCUAGUACUCAAGACAAAAUCAGAAGAGAGGAAACAUGUUUACUACUGACAACAGGUGAUUACACAUGUGCUACAGAUGGAGGGAUCAGGAGAGUGUGGUACAGAAUUUAUCAUGGAUUUUUGACUGCUGAAAGAGGGACAAUGGAAUUUAGCCAUACACAGAACUGUACUGGAAAGAGACUUCUGCUGCUAAAUGUGCCCUGAUUAACUUUGGUCCGCCCUGGAGAGAUCCUGCUUCUUCCCACCGAGUGACAUUUUUUUGAGGAAUGCACACAGAACUAACAGAAUGUUCCCAAGUGCAAGUGGUCUGUCAGUCAACUAGCCAUUAGUAUUGUAAAAAAAAAAGUAUGUGCAUGGCUGUCGGCUUUGGCCAGCUCACAUCAAGAGAACCUGAAUCCACAGCCCCUAUUUCUGAGGCUCCAUGCAAAACCCUAUGCCUCUUGUGUACUAUUCUUCACAGUCCCCUAGAAAGCUGUGCUGAAAAUCAUUCAAAGGCACAUACAGUGGUGUUAACGUAAUGUCAGUUGUCUUGAUUUACUUCAUUGCUACCAUAUUUUUUGCAAAUGUCUUAAUGAACCCUUUCAAGUCAUUAUGGCAGCAUAUUGCCAGUUGUUUUAUGAUUUCUAGUAUCUGCUUAUAAAAAUGCAUUUUGAAUUACUCACUUCAUGUUUUAAAAAAAUGUGAACAAUUGCACCUAAAAUUGUUUAUAGUAGUCUUUUCCAUUGUUACUGCAAAUUACAAAUGCAAAAAGGAAAUUCUGACAGUAGGAAUAUUUUUUUAUUAAAAUUAUCAAAGACACAACAUCAGCAAAUGGUGGCCUACGUAUUCAAAUGAUAUCCUUAAAAUGUAUAUUUUGAAUAAGAGAGAUAUUAUUCAAGCAGUUAUUUGUGAACUUUGUGGUAAAUGAAUCAGGUCUAUGACAUGUCUUUGAAGCUUUGUAGUAGAAACUGUGAUACAGAUACUUCAUCUUGUUUACCCAACAUCUCCAGAAUCUGCUAGCUACCCAAGGAUAUUGGUUAUAGAGCAUAUCACAAUUAUGAAACUCUGUACUGUGGUACUUUCUUGAGUAUUUCAAGAUGCAUGCACAUUCCUAGUGGAAACCAAUUAAAAUGUAAUAAGCCGUAAAGAAGAAUAAAAGGCAAACAUG